AGGACACGAUGGAAUGAGUUAAGCCUGGAGUCAAAGAGACAAAGGGGACGAAGACACGAGAAUGGAAAGAGAAAGCUGAGAACAUGGAGAGGAGAACAUAGAACAUGAGGCCAUGAAGACACUAGUGAAGCAGCAAGAACACGAGAAAAUGUGAAGACAAAAACCAGAUGAAGGCAUGAAAGUAGAAUGACAUGAAGACAGGAAGAAAUAAAGAUAUGAGGACACAAAGGGACAGACAUGAGGACAUGUAGAGCCUAAACCGGGUUUGAUUCUGUGACUGCAGACCGCUGAGGAGAUCGAUCAGCUGACUGUGGAUGAAGACCUGAACGACGUGGAGAGAGCCGUAUACCUGCUCAGCAUGGGUCAGGAGGUCCAGAGAGCCAGCGUCAUCAGCAACCUGCCGAGUCUCGUCCGUCAGAACCCGGCUGAGACUUUUCGUCGCGUUGUACCAAAAGUUCGGGACGUGUUGAAUGGCGCCGGUGCUGAGAUCCAGCUUGCUGCAGCAACCUCAUUUUUAACCAUCCUGCAGGAUGACAUCAUCCUGAUCCACACACACACCUACUCCAUCCUGAAGACGGUGCUGCUUCACCUGAACCACAGAGAUGCAGUGGUGAGCAGCGCCUGGCUGGAGACUCUGCUGUCGGCCAUCAAUGCUCUGCCCAAAGAGACCAUCAAACAGGAGGUGCUGAACCCUCUCCUCUAUCAGAGUCAGCUGUCUCACUCUCUUCAGGCCCGUCUGGCUGCCUGUCGCAUCUUAGGAAGAGCUUCCUGCAAGUUCGAUUCCCUCAUAGUGAAAAAGGAGCUGCUGCCAUUGGCCCGCUCUCUGUGUCGGGAUGUGGAACCAGAAGUCCGAGUCUGCAUGUGCCAUCAGCUGGAGAGCAUGGCCAGAGCCAUUGGGGUGGACGACACCAGAAGCGAGCUCCUUCCUGAGAUGCUGGAGCUGGCGGGGGAUGAGGAGGGCAGCGUUCGGCUGGCCGCCUUUGACAGCAUCAUCAGCCUGAUGGAGAUGAUGGACGGCGAUGACCGGCUUCACCUGCUGGUUCCUCUGGUGAUGUCAGCGUGCGAUGCCUCGUCACAGGUGGACGAAGGUGUCAUGGUGUCGCUGUCGUUCCAGUUUGGGAAGCUCUGCAGUGGACUGGCAGGUUCCCUGUCAGACGAGCAAAAGCGGCUCCUGCUGCAGAAGUUUCAGGUUCUGUGCAUGGCCGGACUGCCAGCUGACGAGAAUCAGAUGGAUGUUGGCGAGUCCACGUUGAUCCGCUGUAACUGCUGCUACAACCUGCCGGCCAUGCUGGCAUUUGUGGACCCCGCCCACUUCCUGUCCGAUCUCUACCCAUCUUUCUCGGGUCUUUGUAGCGACCCAGAGGUCAGCGUCCGCAGAAGUGUAGCAGCCGGCUUCCACCAGGUGGUGAAGAUGCUCGGCUCUAAUGUCCAUGUGGUCCACAAAGAGCUUCUGCUGCUGCUCCAGGACAAUUCACUGGAGGUUCUGGAUGCGCUGAUGAACCACCUAGAUGAAACUCUGGAGGUGGUUCUGUCCAGAGGAGACAAUCUAAUGGUAGACAACAAGCUCCAGGAGCUGUUGUCUGCGCUGCUGUCAGCUGAGCAGAAGGUCGGAUCAUCUCUGCGCUGGAGGCUGCAUGAGAAGCUGCUGCACCGCUACAGCUGCCUGUCUAGGCUGCUGCCCGGAGAACUGCUGCACCAGACGUUCUCUGCCCGGAUCUUCAUGAUCCUCACCACUAAUAAAGUGUUGCCGGUGCAGAAGGAAGCGUCUCGAACCUUCUGCACGUUCCUGCGCUACAACCGUAAGCAGGAGCAGCGUCAGGAGAUGAUGGAGCGACUGAUCCAAGAUCUUGCUCAAGGUCGCAGCUACUGGAACCGUCUGAGGUUCCUCGAUGUUUGUGAAAUCGCCACAGAGAUUUUCUCUAGAAAGUAUUUCAACAAACACUUCCUGAUCCCAGCGCUGGAACUAGUCCACGACCCUGUCGCCAAUGUCAGGUAUAAGCUCUGUCAGCUGUUGCCUCGGUUACGUUCGUCCCUCCGCCUGCCAGCGGACAAACUGCUGCUGCAGAAACUCGAUUUCUGCGUCCAGAAGUUUCUCUGUCGAGAGAAGGACAAAGAUGUUGUGGCCAUGAUCCGCAAGACAGUGUUGGAGCUGGACAAACUGGAUCUGUCUGAGCCUUUUCAUAAGAGACACGAGUGGGACCUGCUGGACCAGAAGAAGGAGAAGGAGGAGAUGCUGCUGCUGGAGAUGGAACAGCUGGAGCGGCAGCAGAGCGACGGAAAGCUUAACUCUGACAAACACAUGGAAAGAAAACGAAGGGACAGCAAGACCAGUCUGUCCUCCACGAAGUCCAUGUCUGUGUCCUCGUCAACAGGAAGCUCAACCUCCGGUAAAGAGACGAGGAAGGCUAAACUGUCUCGGAGUCGGUCCCUCAGCAGCCAGCCGACAUCGUCCAAACCCGCUAACUCAGACAGACCUCUGAAGGUCAAAGACCUCAGCAGUUCUUCGGGCCUUGGGAAGUCCACUAGAGAUGACUCACUAAGGACCGCCCACUUCACCUUGACAACCCAGUCCACCUCUUCCAUGCCAGUUCUGAUCCGAAGCAAAACUACCAGCCUCCUGGACCAGGCUAGUAUGCUGGAGCAGAGAGACCACAGAAGCAGCACACUGGACCACAGGUCCGCUACCAGAGACCACAGGAACAACAUGAUGGAGCAGAGAACCAGUUCCCUGGAGGAGAGAGAGCACAGAACCAGCACCUUGGAGCACAGGGAUCACAGAACCAGUACCUUGGGUCAGCGCAGUAAGACGAUGGAGCGUGGCUGUGGGAUGAAGGACAGUCAGUCCAGGAAGCUGUCCAUGAACAGGAAGUCCAGCUCUUUCCAGUCAGAGCGAGAAUGAAGAUGAUGAUGUCACCCUCCUACAUCAGGCCAUCAGCCAAUCAGCUGCCUGGGAGCAGUUUCAGGACGACACCCAGAAUGCAACGCGGCAGUGGACUCUGAAGCUAACUGAACCUACUGAGCACUGUGUAUUCUAACCGUCUCAUCACUUCAUCUGAUUGGUUCAGUAAACCUCACCUUCAGGUUGUUACCGUGAUCUUAUUGGACAACGACCACAGUGGGCAACCAAAGAUGAGUGGAACAUGAACAGAUGGAACUUAAAAAUUAUUUUAAAAUAAAAAAAACUGAAUGAAAACA